AUGACGCGAGCAAGAACUCGUGCGGAAACCAAGCGCCGGCGCAGCUCCAGCGUUGGAGACGCCACUAGUGCUGAGUAUACGGAGCAGCUUUACUCAGCGCUCACGGCGGGCGCGCUGUGGUUCCUGGGUGUCAAAGAUAUGGUUCAGUUGCUGGGGACUUGUCGGACGCUUCGAUUUGAUAAAAGUGUGGGGGUUAUGGCGUUAAGCAAUUGCAGUGUCGGGGUGCAUUUACUGCAUGGUUGCAAUGGCGACUGGAUGGAUUUAUCACUGCAAAAGCAACAAGAGUCGACUGCAGAGGAAUCAAUCUUCUGGUCCGAAUGUCAGGAGCACAUCCACGUUGCCAGGAAGAAGGAACUUAACCGUCGCUUAAUGGAAGACAAUAAAUCCUUGGACUAUUCCCGAGGACAGGGAGCUCAGAUGCUAUCGCUUAUCGGCAAGAUGGAGACACGACUCAAGCCGUUUUGCAGUCGCGCGUAUGUGGCUACUCCAUUUGGAGAGUUCUGCCGUGCUCGACCCGUUAUUGUGCCACUGGCCGCUAGACCCGAUAAGGAGUCGAAUACAGUGUGGACGAUGGAAGAUGCUCGAAACGCCUUAAAUUCCAUGUGGGAUCGUCUCGGAGACGAUUUUACGGCACCGAAUACGGCAUACGUUCACGUAUCCGAGUUAGGGAUGCACUGGGAAAAUAUUGCCGUGGCAAAAAGUGAAACCAAAAGCAAAUGCAACUUUUGCGAUGCGGCAAAAAAGGCUGUUCGGGAAUAUCGGAAAGAAGCCAAGACAUUGAUGGACGAGUUCUCGCGAGUGCUGAAGAGCAAGCAAGUGGAGUGGCGUGCAGAAGGGCUUGACGACGAUGAGAUGCAUGAGCGGCGCAGUUUGCUGAAGGCCGAUUUGUUUCUGGAAGACUCGUAUCCGGAUCCGAACGCAGCCGAAAGCACAGCGGACGACAUCCUGGCACACAUUUGCGAGCACGACAAGUUCCCCGUGGUCCCAUUCGAAGGCAUGGCCAGCGGUCUUGAGAGGAAAAACGACGACAUUUUCAACGCGCUGGCGUUAGAGUGUCAGGACCUGUGCGACUCGUUCUACCAGCCGCUGAAACACAAGUUGGCCACUUCGGUGGCGCUCUGCGGCCAGCGAGUGCAUCGACCGUGGAUGGAUACGGGCGAGGACGUCGGGAUUAUCCGGCGCGAGCUCAUUGCCGGACUCUCUUCAAACGGAUUUUUGGUCGGAGUGUAUGUCAUGAAGGCCGUGGAGGGUUAA